UAUAUUUGAUCAAAUGGCCCAAACGCUUUCCCUCCUCCACAACAAAACAAAACCAAUGCUUUGGGCGGGAAAUCAUAUAGUAUACUGUAUUAAUAUAUGUACUGUCUAUAUAUAUAUAUAUAUUGCAUAUCUCUGCAAAUUGUGAUGUUUGAAGCAAAUCAAAUUAAAACCCUAGUAGCUGCAGUAGAGUGGAGGAGUUUAAAUGCCUCCUAGGAAGAAAGUAGCGUCUGGGUCGAAGAAAUCAAACCAGAAUCAACAAAACUCUCAGCCUUCCAAGUUCGGAAUCCAGCAUUUCUUCGAGCGCCAUACUCAAAACACCCUCUCUCAAAACCCUAAAAAUGCCCAAAAUUCACGAACAUCAGACUCCAACAAUUCACUUUCAUCCAUUCAAAAUCCCCAAAAUGUUUCAAAUUCAAUAAGAGCUGAGCCCAGGAAUGGUGCUUCAGUCCUUCAAAACCCUAGAAACGUGUCCAACUCAGGAAUAGCUGACCCGACUAAUUCAGUUUUAGUACCUCACAACCCUAAAAUUGCCCUCAAUUCAAGCGAUUUGGAUCCAAAAAUAAUCAAUUCGAUUUCUGAAAACUCUAUCAAUGGCUUCGAUAAUGCCGUUUCAGCGCCUCAAAACCCAAAAAUUACACCUAAAUUGCGGACAACUGAUGCGAAUUGUCCUUCACAGAUUACACCUCCUGAGAAUAUUUUGCCAAUUGCCGUUAGUGGUGAUGAAAAUCAAUUUGAGGAGUCGCCUGAAAUUUGCAAGUCGGCGGUCAAGCGCUUCAAGUUUUCUCCGGGAAUGUUGAUAAAGCAGAGCCAGGACGAUGGAGGCGAUGAGGUCACAUGGAAGAUUUCUCCUGUAAACGAGCGGCUACAUGCGGUAUCCAAGCACUUACCUGAGAUGAUGAGAGCAUUGGCAGAUUCUUCAAGGCUCAACUCUUUGAAUUUUCAUUCCUGUAUGCAGAAUAAGAUUUCUCCUAGUUCACCGGGCAAGCUUGAGAAGUGGCUUUCUUCACCUCCAAUUCAAGCUGCUGAAAAAUCAUUGAUAGCCUCAAAUAGAGCUGGCUUGAAAAACUUUAACUUAUAUCAUAAGGAUAGUGGUGUGGUUAACAGUCAGAGUCCGUUCAAGACUCCACCGUCUCUUUCUUAUUGCCAUGAUAAGCCUAGUGAUGGUGUUGAUCCUAAUGAAGUAUGUGAUCAGCUGGGUUCAAGGCAACACAAAAAGGCAUUGCUUGAACUUUUAGAUCAAGUAGAGGAUGUCAUUUCUGUUGAAGAAUCAGUAUGCAAGAAUACAGGGGCAAGCUUAUGCGAAGUUCAAGUUAGAGAUGGCGAUGAUAGAUCCACAAAAGGUGAUCCUGCUGUGAAAAGCUUGGCAAUCGAUACACCAGAAAACCCCAAUAGAGAACCUUCCAAUCUUUAUUUUCUUGUCUUGGAGGUUUCUGAGAAGCGUGGAGCUGUUGAUUCACUCGGUUCUCGAUGUCCUUUUAAGGUUCUGCGCUUACUGAAUGAACAAAGUGGAGAAGAGCGUGCUGUGCAUUUGUGGGAUGAGUGGUUUUACAGCGUUAUUGCACCUGGAGAUACUAUUCAUGUCAUUGGCGAAUUUGAUGACCAGGGAACGUGUAACGUGAAUCGUGACAAUAACUUUCUCAUCGUUCACCCAGAUAUUUUGGUGUCUGGAACUCGGGUCGCUGCCAGUUUCAGUUGCCCAAGGCGAACUGUCCUUGACGAGAGGCUAAAAUGCAGCGAGCAUUCAUCUGCAGCAUUGAUUGGCACCUUGCUGCAUCAAAUUUUUCAGGCUGGGUUAAUGAAGGAAAUUCCAACGAAAGAAUUUUUGGAAGAAUAUGUGGGCAUAGUGAUCCAGAAAAAUAUUGAGGGCUUGUAUGCAUGUGGAGUAAAUGAAAAUGAUACGCACAGAACCUUGUAUGAAGCAAUACCAAAAAUAUUGAACUGGAUAUUCCUCUUCCGAGAUUCACAGGAUUUGAAAACUCCUAGUGUUAAUUUUGGGUUUGAUGAUGGGCUGGAGAAGGUCAAAAUAUCAGAGGUAGUUGAUAUUGAAGAGAUGGCAUGGGCUCCAAAAUAUGGCUUGAAAGGAAUGAUUGAUGCCUCUAUCCGGGUUGAAGUUAAAUCAAACACUAAUGAAGCUAAUGAGAAGAUUAUGCCUUUAGAAUUUAAAACUGGGAGAGCAACCAAUGGCCAGUCAGCUAUGGAGCACAGUGCCCAAGUGAUGUUAUACACUCUCCUUAUGUCUGAGAGAUAUAUGAAGACUAUUGAUAAUGGUCUUCUAUACUAUCUCCACACCGAUCAGACACAGGGAAUCACGGUUCGAAGAUCUGACUUGGUUGGGCUAAUCAUGCGUCGUAAUGAACUUGCAAAUGACAUUCUUAAGGCAUCAAGAACACAACAACUGCCACCAAUGUUACAGAGUCCAAGCAUGUGCAGAGGCUGCCGCCACCUUAAUGUUUGUACCAUCUACCAUAAGGUGCAUGGUGGAAACACAGAGAGUAGUGGAUUGGGUGAUUUGUUUUAUUCACUGGUUCAUCACUUAACAAGUGUACAUUGUGUUUUCCUUCAACAAUGGGAUAGAUUGAUUGACUUAGAAGCUAAAGAAAUGCAGAUUGUAAAGAGACGAAUUUGGUGUUCACGUAAUUUGAAAGGUGAACAUUCAACUAGCUGCCUGUCUCCUAUUGUUCUCGAUACUUCAGAUAAACUCUCACCAAAAAAUUUAUCCGAGGGCAACCGCUUCAUUUAUCGCUUCGUGCAUCAAGAUUUGCCACCACUUGGUGGAGAUUCUCUGAGUUCUGCCUCUUCUCCUUUAAAUGAUUUGGGCUGCACAAUUAGAAGCGGGGACUAUGUGAUACUAAGCACUGAACCUGAUCGUCUAAUAGUUGCAAGUGGGAUCAUUACUGAUAUCAGUCGAUCUAAUGUUUCUGUAUCCUUUUCAAAGCGCUUAAGGCUUCCAGGGAGCAGUCCUUCUGUGGCACAGGAUCUCCGUCGGAAGAUGUGGCGGAUUGACAAGGAUGAAGUAAUGACAUCAUUUGCAAUUAUGAGAUUCAACCUUAUGCAACUCUUUCUACAAAACGAGCAUAGUUCUCAUCUUAGGAAGAUUAUUGUUGACCUCGAGGUUCCUAGAUUUGACAGUGGAUGCAUAUUUAGUCAAGAUCCUGCAAUAUCAUAUAUCUGGUCUCAAAAGAAUUUGAAUAAUGAUCAGCGCAGAGCCAUACUCAAGAUACUCACAGCAAAGGAUUAUGCCCUUAUUCUGGGCAUGCCUGGAACAGGCAAAACAUCAACUAUGGUUUAUGCAGUGAAGGCAUUGUUGAUGAGAGGUGCAUCCAUUUUGCUUACGUCCUACACAAACUCAGCUGUUGAUAAUUUACUUAUCAAAUUGAAAGCUCAGGGCAUAGAUUUUGUACGAGUUGGAAGAUAUGAAGCUGUGCAUGAGGAUGUUCGUGAGCACUGCUUUUCAGCAAUGGACAUGCAUAGUGUCGAAGACAUCAAGCUCAAACUAGACCAAAUCAAAGUUGUUGCAGUUACUUGCUUGGGGAUACUUAGUCCCUUGCUUGCAAAUAAGAAAUUUGAUGUAUGCAUCAUGGAUGAAGCUGGACAGACUACUCUCCCCGUAUCCUUGGGGCCUUUAACGUUCGCAUCAGUGUUUGUUCUCGUUGGAGAUCAUUAUCAGUUACCACCACUUGUCCAGAGUACAGAGGCUCAGGAGCACGGAAUGGGUGUGAGCCUUUUUUGCAGGCUAUCAGAAGCACAUCCCCAUGCAAUUUCAGCAUUGCAAAGCCAGUAUCGUAUGUCUGCAGGCAUUAUGGAACUAUCAAAUGCCUUGAUAUAUGGUAACAGAUUGCGCUGUGGUUCCUCGGAAAUAGAGAAUGCCAAACUUAAUUACAAAAAUUCAAAAUCUUUAUCGGGAUGGCUAAAGGAGGUCUUGGAUCCAAACCGACCCGUAGUAUUUAUCAACACAGAUAUGUUGCCUGCUCUCGAGACCAAGGAAAAAAAGACUGUAAAUAACCCAAUUGAAGCUUACAUUAUUGCUGAGGUUACAGGGGAAUUGGUUAAUAAAGGCAUUGAGGUGGAAGAUAUCGGCAUUAUUACCCCCUACAACUCUCAGGCAAAUCACAUCCGCCAUGCUGUUUCCACAUCUGUGGAGAUACAUACUAUUGACAAAUAUCAGGGAAGAGAUAAGGACUGCAUACUGGUGUCCUUUGUAAGGUCUAGUGAAAAUCCAAGGAGCUGUGUUUCUUCACUGCUUGGAGACUGGCACAGGAUUAAUGUUGCUCUCACACGUGCCAAGAAAAAGUUGAUCAUGGUGGGAUCAUGCAGAACACUUUCUAAAGUUCCUCUGCUAAAGCUUCUCAUUGAGAAGGUUGAUGAGCGGUCAGGAAUUUUUAAUGUGUCCAAAAAGGAUAUUAACUACAAAAGAGAGCUGAAGAGGUGCUCGCAAAUCAGAUGAGUGUAAAUUUUUGCCCCCUUUUUGUAUCUUCAUUGUGUAGUUGGAAAUUUUGAUUAUUUUGUGAAAAUUCCAUAAAUGUAAAUAGAACCGACUCUCUUCUCUCUCAAACAUGCUAUACACAAGGGUGUUAUUUCUCAAUCAUGCAUAUACGUACAGUUGCAAAGAGUAUCUGCUUCACUUUUUUGCCAAGACUUGCUUUCUAAGAGGAUUCUUUUCUUUUUAAAGAGGUUGGAAGGGAUUAUAUGCAUUUCUCAACACAUACACGUUGUAUUAGAAGACGGAUAGAAUAUAUUUUAAUUGGUUUUUUUUUAUUACUUACUUUUUUGGUAAACGAAUCAAAGGUACAAUCCCAUUUGUCCAAUUAGCAAUGUGAAUCCGCAACCUUUUACUUGGGAAGAGGUAUCACCUCGACCUUGUGGUAAAAUAUAUUGUAAUUGUUGAACUGAUUGCAUUUUCAAAUCCUAAGCCAAGCAAACUAAGAAGUUUGAUUCAGAAAGCAGAGACUCUUGAUGUGGUGAAGAUGUCAUGAAUUAUUUUCAAUCAUUACAUAAUUCAUGAUUUUUUUUUUUUUUUUUUUGGCUCGGGAUGACGUAAUUCGUGAAUUUUAACCGUCUGUUUUUUAUCAGUCUCUUAUCGCUCUAGUCUCAUUUCUCUCAGAGUCGGCGUUUGAAGACUUGACUCAAAAAU